AGGACCCUGCGGACACCGCGUGGACACCUCGGCCCGCUUCCACGCCCUCCCCUCCCCCGCAACCCUUCCACCUUUCAAAAGCCCCAGCUUGGAAGCCCUCAUCCCAGGGCUGGAAGACCUGCCCCUUGGCAGCCAGUACAGACCGCCGCUCCUGGGGGACCGAGAAGAGUGACAUCCCGAAGGGACCCUCCUCUCUCCUUCCUCCCCUCGCGGACCUCUCGGACUGUCCUCACAAGUUGGGGGGCCUCCCCUGGCGGCCGCCGCGCGCGCGCCCCUGCCGCGGGACCCCUCCGCGUCGAGCCACCGGCUGGCGCGCGCCACCAUGGCGAGGACCGGCCGCCCCCGCCUCCGGCUGCUGCUGCUGCGCUAUCUGGUGGUCGCCCUGGGCUAUCAUAAGGCAUAUGGAUCCUCUGCCCCCAAAGACCGAGUAGUUACGGUAACAGAGUACCAAGAUGCUAUUUUAACCUGUAAGACCCCAAAACAGACACCUUCCUCCAGAUUAGAGUGGAAGAAACUGGGAGAUGAUGUCUCUUUUGUCUACUAUCAACAGGCUCUCAAAGGUGAUUUUAAAGAUCGAGCUGAGAUGAGAAAUUUCAAUAUACGGAUCAAAAAUGUCACAAGAAAUGAUGCCGGGAAGUAUCGCUGUGAAGUUAGUGCUCCGUCUGAGCAAGGCCAAAACCUGGAAGAGGAUACUGUCAUUCUAGAAGUACUGGUGGCUCCAGCAGUCCCGUCAUGUGAAGUGCCCACUUCUGCUCUGAGUGGGACUGUGGUAGAGCUACGAUGUCAAGAUGAAGAAGGGAAUCCAGCUCCUGAGUACACAUGGUUUAAAGACGGUGUCCGUUUGCUGGGGGAUGCGAAACCUGGCUUACACAACUCCAACAUCUCAUACACAGUGAAUACGAAAUCUGGAACACUGCAAUUUAACACCGUUUCUAAGAAGGACAGUGGAGAGUACUACUGCGAAGCCCGCAAUUCCAUUGGACAUCGCAGGUGUCCCGGGAAGCGAAUGCAAGUAGAAACUGUUAAUGUAAGUGGCAUCAUAGCAGCCGUAGUAGGCGUGGCCUUUGCAAUUUCUCUAUGUGGCCUUGGUGUGUGCUAUGCUCAGAGAAAAGGCUAUUUUUCAAAAAAAAACUCCUUCCAGAAGAACAGUUCUGCAGCUCAAGCCCCUACAAUGAGUGAAAACGAUUUCAAGCACACAAAAUCCUUCAUAAUUUAAGAGAAUUUCACUUUAGAGAUUCACCAAAACCACAGUUGUUACACAAGUUAUUAAAGUCUUAAAAAAAAUCUGCUUCGUCUUACAUUUGCAAAGAGGUGGAUGAGGAAAUGAGGGACAUUUUGCUACAAUUUUUAGGACCUCUAGCGCACCUAAAGUUGUUCUUGUAUGCAAAAAGUUCUGCUAUCACUGCAAUACAGUCUAUAAUCUUGUGUCCCAAAGAAACAAAAUACUUGGUAAUUUUAGUUUUGUGAAAUGCAAAAUGUCCCAACUUCUAGAAAGUUAUUAUACCUUCCUAACUGUGAAGUUAAUCCAUAGAGCAUGCAAAUAUAAACUGUAUAUGCCCUCUGUGCAGGAGUGAUUUGCGAGGUUCAGAAAAUACUGACAGAUGCAAAAGGAACCUCUGGUCUCAUUUCCACCAGCAUCCUCUUUGUUCUCUAGAAUGCCCCUUGCACCAGUGCUCACGUGUAACAAACAUAUACAGGAAAGCAGCAGAGCUGGUCUCUUUCCCAAGGAUUACACUUCAUGUUUAUUUUCACUUCCCAGACCCAAAAGCAAGGUGAGGAGUUGCUGGCUGCUAUUUCCACUUCCUAAGAUGCCCUUGGAGAAGCUCAGUGACUCCUCCUCAGAAUGUGGUACUAGAUCCACAGCUUUGCAGUCCCUCCCUGUAUGUGUGAUGAUUCCACAUCUGCCUCUACACAUCAUGGGAUGAAAUUCUAGACCGGGUCUAGUACCUCACUGUUAAAGUGUGGCCAAUACUGCUUGUGACAAAUGACAAAGCAGGGACACAAAGGGAAAAAAAAAUAUCUGCCUGAUAAAAUGUGUAUGAAUGAAUGAGCUCACUGUGAGUUCCAGCAUCUGGAACCUGCUUGAAUCAGCAAAGGCACAUGAGAAACUAUGGCUGAAAUGACAAAUGGGUUUAAUCAUGUUUUGUGGAUGAACCAAAGGCCUUCAGUUAGUGUCGUAACAUGAAAAUUCCAGUGAUUCAUUUAGUAGUAAAAACAAUUCAUCUGUGUUAAAAAAUUAUUAUCCAGAACCACUUUACAUUGUCCAAUCCAUCUUACAGAUAAAGUACAACCAGGGUUGUCCUAUUCUGGGCAAAUCUGAAUGAAAAGGUCACUUACUACCUGUCAUCUUUGAACAAGAUUAAGUUGAUUUCAAAAGAAUUUGCUUUCUGGCAAAUUUCUUGGCAAAACAGAUGUCCAGGAUCCACAUAAGCACUCACUGGGUUUAUGGCGUGGGCACCCGGUAACUGGGGAGAUGCCCAGAGUUACUCCCGCCCCCCCCCUCUGCCCCCCCCCCCCC